UGUUGCCCCUUUUUCCUGGGAAUUCUAUCGAAUCAUAAUAAUGAAGCAGCAAAUGAGAACGAUGGAUCGAAGGAAUUGGCCAGGAGAGUGGUGCUCAAGCAUGAAGCCCAUCAUGCGAAUGUAAACCACCCAAUCACUCCAGAGUGGUUGUUUGUAAUGCGGGAUAGAAGGAAGACCCGGCUCGGGACUGGAGGAUAAGUGCAGAACAACCCGACGGCCAGAAGCUCCAAACACAGAAGCUUGGCCACGUAACAACAAUCAAGUCGACAUCACCUUCAAAUGGGUAACUGUCUUUCAAGAGCUUUUACACAGAUAUAAGUACCCUUUCUUCAGCUCUCAUCGUUCUCCUCAAGUCAUUGCCUGGUUAACAUGACAUAGCAACCUUGACGAGCAACCAUUACAUUCAUAGCCUUUCUCUCGUCCUUUUCCUCAAACAGCCAACUUCACCCCCUCCAGUCGCUCACCAACAUGGCCUCCAAUACCACUGAGAAGGCCGGUCCUGGUCAGAUCCACGCCCGAAUCGUCGAUGACGCAGAAAAGACCAUGCGCCAGUUCAACACUCCUGUAGUGUCUGCCGACCUACUGAACAAGCUGGUCGACACCCAACUAAAAUCGGCCACUGCUCCGGUUGAGUGGAGUACCUACCACCAAAUGACCAGUGUACAGCGUCUACAGCUGGAGACAUUGUUUGAUACUAUCCAUGGCCUCGACGAAGAUUCCUGCGCUGGCUGGCAAGUUCCCUCGCCGAAUUACUGGGGCAAUCGACCUGUGUUACUGAGAUCAGUACUACUGUCAAUAGCUAGCCUGAUAUUUGUCAGGACCAGUACAACAAUCACCAUGGGAACUUAUGGUGCAGUCGACCUUGGCCAUGACUCGGGCGAAGAGAGAUCACAGGCGACGCAGCUUGUCGAGAAGGAAGGAAUCGCUUCCCUUAAAGCUGAUUGCGAGCUAAUCCUCAAGCUGGUCACCACGCUCGCCGAUGUCCCUUCCCCGAAGAAGGCCCAAUAGGCGCCACAUGGAGACGAUAUCCGCGGCAUUUCGCCACUUCUCAGCUAGGCUUGGAGGAUACUCCUGUGGGAAACUUUGAUGGCAAAGGAUAAUGUUAUAGGAUUCGGAAAGAGACAUAUGAAACAGAUCAGAGCAGAAGACAAGAAUGCAGUUCCAUUUGCUCACAAACCUCCCGUUCGAUACCACGAUCAUUGCCUGAAAUCCCCAAAGAGCAAAAAU